UUUGUAGUAUUGUUGAGAUUAUGUGCUACUUAAUACACCAGUUUUUCAUUUCUCUUUUUUGGAUGUGUCACGGUUUUGCAGACAUUCUCCAAAAAUAUAUGAGAUUAAGUGUGCAUAGAAAUAUCCAUGCCUAAUUAGAAGUUAUACUGUAUUUCGGUCCGGAAAUAAACAAAAAUCCUAUAAAAAGUCGGCAACAAUUAUUUAGUACAUAUCGCUAAUAAUUACCUAUCUGCUUUAGACAUCCCCCAACUAUUCUACAAUCAGCUGAUAGGCUAAGAUAUAUUGUUAGAGCUAACAAAUGACCAAGUGGGAAACAAUGUAUCCGCAUCUCUAUCAACACCUUACCCCUCCUUUUUGCUAACCCUGCAGUCAAAUACGAAAACUCUAAAUUGACACAUAGCAACAAUAAACCCAACCAGCCACCGCAUAAUAUCGUAAACACGGCUAAAGCAAUAACAAUAGCGGUGUUCGUUAGAAUGUGCCCCAGAAAUAGAAGUAAAAUCGAAAGGGGGAGGAUUGGGGGAAUGCAGUGGGGUUCGUGGGGGAUUCUUAUAUUGCUUUGCCACUAGGAAACAUGUCUGUUAACUAUGGGAACUCCCCCAAAAAAUUGGUAUUGUUCCCCGAUGGAUCUGUGACAAAAUCGAAAAGAAAUAUUCUCAACCUGGUGGAGAACAAUGACGAACAUUUUAUUAAUUUUGGAGUAAAUUUUCCGAAGUGGUGUUUCGAGUAUGGCUAGUCGGAGGAUCAGGAUAAUUUAAAAAAAAUAAGUUAUUGUUAUUUGUAUCUGGGGUACGGGGUGCCGAUUGCAAUAUAAAUAGAUAAAGAUCUGCUAGUGGUUUACGUUUGGUUUUGGUUUUUUUUUUUGCAUACAUCAUCACAAAGCAACUAUAAUGAGUAGUGACAAAGGUUCACCUUCAGUACUGUUAAGAGAACAUGAUUCUAUCAUGACCACCACAUCAGCUAAUUCCGAACAACCACGCAAGAGUUGGUUCAGGUUCAAAAACCUUUUCGAAAAGAUCGAAGACAGACCAACCCCUCCUCAAGUUUACAACUAUAGAGUUUAUAUGACUGCAUUGAUGGCUUCUGCCGCUGCCAUUAUCAUCGGGUAUGAUGGUGGGUUCAUCGGUGGUACUGUUGCCCUUGACUCUUUCCAAGAAGAGUUUGGUUUGGACAAUUCUCCACAUUCCAAGUACAUUAUUUCCAACGUUAUUUCAGUUUUCCAUGCCGGUUGUUUCUUUGGGGCUUUGUUCAGUUACCCAUUCUCAUUUUACUUGGGUAGACGUAUUCCUUUGAUUAUUGCUGCCGCCUUGAUCACCAUCGGUUCUGGUAUCAUGUUGGCUGCCAGUAGUAGUGUUGGGUUGGCUCCAAUUUACGUUGGAAGAGUUCUUGCCGGUAUUUCCGUUGGGUUUUCUACCAAUUUAACUGUGGUUUACAUCAGUGAAGUCGCACCACCUGCAAUCAGAGGUCAAUUAACCAGUAGUUAUGAAAUCGGUUGGAGAGUUGGUGAUUUAGUCGGGUUCUGGAUUAACUAUGCCGUUGAUUCUCACAUCCCUCUGAGCAAGAAACAAUGGUUUAUUCCCUUUGCUAUUCAAAUGAUUCCAAGUGGGUUGUUCUUACUCGGAAGUAUCUUUAUGAAGGAAUCUCCUAGAUGGUUAUUCCAAGUUGGCAGAUAUGAUGAAGCCAUCAAGAACUUGACCUGGUUCAGACAAUUACCAGAAGAUGACGAAUAUAUUAUCUAUGAAGUUAACCAAGUUAAAGAAUCCAUUGAAUUACAAAAGCAAAAGGUCGGAUUGGGUAUCAUGGACCCAUUCUUUGAAGUGUUUUUCCACAACAAAAAAGUGCUUUACAGAUUGCUCAUCACCGCUCUGUUAUUCCUUUUCCAAAAUUUCUUGGGUAUUCAAUCCAUCAACUACUAUUCUCCAAUUUUGUUCCAAGGUUUAGGUGUCAAGGGUACUAAUGCUGCCUUAUUCUCCACUGGUAUGUUUGGGGUUGUCAAAUUCGUGUGUACCUUCAUUUAUAUUAUUUUUGUUGUUGACACUAUUGGUCGUCGUAAAGCUUUCAUGGCUUCUGCCGCUGUCUGCUCCAUUUGUUUCUGGUAUAUUGGAGCCUAUCUUUGUGUCAAUGAUCCUACCCAGCCUGGUGUCAGCCCUGGUCCAGGAGGUAAAGGUGCUGUGGCCAUGAUGUAUAUCUGGAUUGCCUCCUUUAUUUUGGCCUGGUCUGGAGGUCCAUUCGUCGUUGGUGGUGAAGUAUUUGACCAAAACAUCCGUUCGUUUGUGCAAGCCAUCAAUGCUGCUAUUUCAUGGGUACCAAUUUUCAUCAUGUCGAGAUUCACUAAUAAUAUGAUUGCUGCUAUGAAGUUUGGGAUUUACUUUUUCUUUGCUAGUUUGGCCUUACUUGCUGUUCCAUUCGUAUACUUCUUCCUUCCUGAAACCAGAGGUAUUGCUUUGGAAGACAUGGACAGAUUGUUUGACCGUGAAUUACCAGCUAGAAAUGCCCAUUCAAUUGUGCUUAACAGGGUUAGACAUGAAACCGACGAAGCAUUCCAUGACAAGGGCUUAUUUAAGGCUGAUAUGACCAAGCCUAAUGCUCAAAAUGUUGAAGACAUAAACAAGGAUAUUGUAUAAAUAGGAGUAUAUAGACACGGAGACCUGGUUGUUUCCUAAUUGAAGAUUUAAAUUAAGACUGUUAUUGUGUUGUAGGAUUUAAAAGUUAUGUUUCCCAAUUAAGGGUUUUUUACUAUUAUUAGAAAGUCAUAUAGAAGUCCCAUUUAUCGGAGCUCGGAUCGCGCAAUUUGCAAGCCACGAAGUCGAGU